AUGGACUAUAGAAAUCAAACUUUGGUUAUUGAAUUUUUUUCCGUGGGAUUAACAAAUCUCUUUCAGCACAAGAUUGCUCUCUUUCUGGUAUUUCUCUUUGUUUAUCUUGUCACUGUUCCGGGAAACUUGGGAAUGAUCACUCUUAUUUGGAUGGAUUCUCGACUCCAGACCCCCAUGUACUUUUUUCUCUGCCACUUGUCCUUUGUGGAUGUCUGCUCCUCUUCUGCCGUCGGUACCAAGAUGUUGACUGAUAUCUUCGUGGAGAAAAAAGUAAUCUUUGGUUGUGCUGCCCAGUUGUGGUUUUUUGGCCAUUUUGUAGUAACUGAAUGUUUCCUUCUGGCUGCCAUGGCAUAUGACUGGUAUAUGGCUAUCUAUAAGCCCUUGUUGUAUACACUCAUUAUGUCCCAACAGGUCUGUGUGCAGCUGGGUGGGCCUUAUGCUGUGGGCCUUAUAAGCACCAUGACCCAUAUGACUUUCACCUUUCGCCUACUCUACUGUGGUCCAAACAUCAUCAAUCACUUCUUCUGUGACCUUCUCCCUGUUCUCUCCCUGGCAUGUGCAGAUACCCAUAUUAAUAAAUGUUUACUUUUUAUCUUGGUGGGUGCCCUGGGAGUACUCAGUGGUGUGAUCAUCUUGGUCUCCUACAUUUACAUUGUCAUUGCCAUCCUGAGAAUUCGCUCUGCUGAUGGGAGACGCAAAGCCUUCUCCACUUGCUCUUCACACCUGGUGGCUCUCUCCAUCCUGUAUGGGACACUCUUCUUUAUCUGUGCAUGUCCAAGCUCUAGUUUCUCUAUCAACAUCAAUAAACUGGUUUCCCUGUUCUACACAGCAGUGAUCCCCAUGUUGAAUCCCCUUAUCUACAGCCUGAGAAGCAAGGAGGUAAAAGAUUCAUUCAGCAAGAAGUUUGAAAGAAAGAAGUUUCUUAUAGGUAGGUGA